GAGGCGAACCGGGUGUCCACUUUGUCGAAGGUGCUUGACAGUAAAACCAAAGGCUGCAAGAGAAAGGAUUGUCGCUUGUGGAAAUAUCCUUCUGAAAAAGGGAAACGAGAUCACUGCAAUAAGACUGUGGACAUCUACGAGGACGUGACGAGUCCGGAAGUGACGCCCUUGACGAUAGGGCGGCCGGUCACGUGCUGGUACCGCUUCCGGUCCUUCCGGGGCACGCCCCGCGACUGGAUCCUGCGCAUCCGCUUCAAGAAGUUCAAGGUCGGCACGCUCGUCAACGCCACCCACUGCCACGGCGGAUACCUCCAGAUCGUGGACGGCAACGCGAAGACGGACGUGUCCAACCGGCGCGAGGCGGGCGCGUUCUGCGGCGAGACGGAGCAGCCGCAGACCUUCAUCUCGGAGACGAGCUUCGUCAAGGUGCUGUUCCACGCGGAGAACCUCACGGACCAAACGUACUUCAGCUUCGACUCGCGCGCCGAGCAGCAGUACGAGGUGUACCUGCGCUACGGCCAGCACCCGGAGCUCUACCCCAACCGGCGGGGGGAG